AUGCCGGACUUCGCCUCCAGCGAGUACUGGGAAGCCCGGUUCGAGAAGAACAAGUCCACGUUUGACUGGCUUGUCCCGGCCAAAGUGCUGUCCAAUCUUGUUCGGGAUGCCGUGGACGAGACCAGACUUUUGGACGCUGAGGUCCUUCAUGCUGGUUGUGGCACCGCCGAAUCUUCUGCCAUCCGAGAACUCGUAAAUGACCCUGGACAAAUUCAUAAUGUAGACUACUCACAAGCUGCGAUCGAUGCAGCUUAUGCGAGGGAGCAGGAGCUGCUCAAAGAAAAGGACUCAGGUUUCACAGACGAUCUGCUCGAGGCCCCUACAGAGACAGCCGACAAGCGUGACAGCGUGCGGCAAAUACCACUGCAGCCCCCUCCAACGAUGAGAUGGUCGUGUUUCGACUUGCGUUCUUUGGAUCAUAUCUUGUAUCUGCUCCAGGAGCAACGAGAGAGAGGACGUCUAUUCGACGUCGUGAUUGACAAAAGUACGAGCGACAGCAUUGCAUGUGGCACAGCUGUGCCUAUCAGGCUUCCCUACGUCCUCAGCAUAGACGGCUGGACUCGUGGCAUUCUUCACAGUGGCUACGCGCAGGCCGCUGAGGUCCAUCCUCUACAUGUACUGGCUGUACACAUGGCAGCCCUGACCAAGCCACGAACCGGGAAGUGGAUAGUCGUAUCCUACUCGGAAGACCGCUUCCCGUUCUUUCCACCUUACCCGAAGAGUGUAUCGCAUGGCUUCCUGCCAGAUGAUGUUCUCAAAGCUGGCUUUCCACAUCCCAAGCAUCUGUGGCGACUGGAAACCAAGGAGAAGAUCGAUGUGUACCGUGAUGAGUCUCUGGCUGAGCGGAAGAAGAGGCUUGCGUCUGGAGUUGUGCAUCGGCCAGAGGUCCCGAACUGGCUGACUGAAGCGCUAGUCAGUGAUUGA